UCCGCGCGUCGUGGUGUUAAUGCGCGUCGUAAUUUUCGUCAGUGUUCGUAAACUGCUAUUAUUGUUGUUUGAAACAAUCGCUCAGCUGAUCCAUAACUACAAGUUAUUCAAAACAGUGAAACACUAUCGUACUAAUACAACCUAACCGUGCUAGUGUGUGUUCAACUGGACGACUAUCGAAAAUAUCUCAAGCGAAUGUAAAAAUAUACGCGUCGCUGAGAAAUGUACUGCCGCGUGUGACUGAUCGAUACUUUAAUGAUAACAUGGAUUCAAUUAGGUGGUCUAAAAGACGGUGAGGUGUAGUGCAAGAAGUGCCCGUUGUGUUUGGACAAGCGGCUUGGCUGACGAGCGAUGCGAGAAUAGCACAAUGCUGCGCUUGUGGGUCGUGGUGGCGCUGGCGGCGUCGAGCGCGGCGCUGCAGCCCCGCUGCGAGGAGAUCUCCAUACCCAUGUGCCGCGGCAUCGGGUACAACCUCACCGCCUUCCCCAACGAGCUGGACCAUGACACGCAGGAGGAGGCUGGGCUUGAGGUGCACCAGUACUGGCCGCUGGUCGAGAUCAAGUGUUCAGCCGAUCUCAAGUUCUUCCUCUGCUCAGUAUACACCCCAAUAUGCCUCGAAGACUACCCGAAACCGCUGCCCGCUUGUCGAUCCGUGUGCGAGCGGGCGCGGGCCGGCUGCGCUCCUCUGAUGCAAAAAUACGGCUUCCAAUGGCCCGAGCGUAUGGCCUGCGAGAAACUGCCGCGGAUGGGAGACCCCGACAAGCUCUGCAUGGAGGAGACGAACCGAGCGCAGGAGCCCGAGCCGCCCCGCGCGCCGCCGCCGCCGCGCCGGCCGCACUACAAGUGUAAGGAUCCAAAUUCAAAAAACUGCGAAAGCGGCCCGGCUGCAAGCCCGGGCUCGGCCGCAAGCGACGAGUGCGCGUGCACGUGCCGGGCACCGCUCGUGCCCGCGCGACACAACGGCUCGGCCGCGCUCGCGGCGCUGCUGCCCGGCGAGGGCUGCGCGCUGCCCUGCCGCGGCGCCUUCUUCACCAGGGAGGAGAAGGAGUUCGCGGGCGUGUGGGUCGCGCUCUGGAGCGGCCUCUGCGCCGCCUCCACCCUCAUGACGCUCACCACCUUCCUGAUCGACUCUCAGCGCUUCAAGUACCCCGAGCGCCCGAUCGUGUACCUGUCGGCGUGCUACUUCAUGGUGGCCCUCGGGUACCUCGCUCGGCUCGCCAUCGGCCAUGACGAGAUCGCGUGCGACGGGCCUCUGCUCAAAACCUCCGCGGCCGGCCCGAGCGCCUGCACCCUCGUCUUCAUCCUCGUAUAUUUCUUCGGGAUGGCGUCCUCAAUCUGGUGGGUCAUCCUAUCCUUCGCCUGGUUUUUGGCGGCGGGACUCAAAUGGGGCAACGAGGCGAUCGCCGGGCACGCCCAGUACUACCACUUGGCCGCGUGGCUCAUCCCGGCUGCGAAAACCGUGGCCGUCCUCCUGGCCGGGGCCGUCGACGGGGACCCGGUGGCGGGCAUCUGCUACGUCGGCAACUCGUCGCCUGAGAAUUUAAAGAAAUACGUUCUGGCACCCCUGAUCGUGUACUUCGCCCUGGGAGCGACGUUUCUGCUGGCCGGCUUCGUGUCGCUCUUCAGAAUCCGCUCGGUCAUCAAACGACAGGGCGGGCUCGGGGCCGGGUCGAAGGCGGACAAGCUCGAGAAGCUGAUGAUCAGGAUCGGGGUGUUCAGCGUGCUGUACGCCGUGCCGGCCGGCGCCGUGCUCGGGUGCCUGGCGUACGAGGCGAGCGGGCACUCGCCGUGGCUGCGGCGCACGGCGUGCGGCGCGCGCUGCGGCCCGCGCCCGCUGUACGCGGCGCUAAUGCUGAAGUACUUUAUGGCGCUGGCCGUGGGCAUCACGUCGGGGGUGUGGAUCUGGUCGGGCAAGACGCUGGAGUCGUGGCGGCGCGUGUGGCGGGGCGGGCGCGCGCCGGGCGGGGCGCAGCGCGCGCUGGUGAAGGGCGGCGUGUGACGCGCGGCGGGGGCGGGGGCGGGGACGUUGCCGGGGGCGGGGGCGGGGCCGGGGGCCGUCGCGCCCUCCGUCCCGCCGGUCGCGCCCUCGGCGCCCUCAGCCCGCUCCGGUCAGCCUCUGUCCGACUACGGACCCGUGUAAAAUGUGCCAUUCGCGAACAAGAACAAAUUUUUUGUAGGGUCGGAGCCCUUGCCCGUAUGGACUUAUACAUUGGGGCAUCUGUGGCUCCGUAAGUGUUUCGAACUAGAAAACUGACUUCUCGGAAAGAAGUCCGAGUGAACACGAUUGAAAGUGUGAUGGACCCGGGUUCGCCUGUGAUAUCCCAUGAACUGAGUGUGGCGGUGCCGCCGCGCGUCUAGUCCUAGUAUAACGCGCGCGCGGCGAUAUACGUAACUAGUUUUAAGAAACUCCGUGCGAAAGGUCUGUUUUUAAAGCGAAACUAACGACGGCGACUGUCCUUCUCUGAUGUACCAUUAUUAGUAUUGUUUUCUGUCUAUUCCGCAGUCUUUUAACUCAUGUCGUUGGCCUUUUAAAGACCUUUCGAGCGGGACGGCGGCCGUAGCCUUCACUUGUCACUUUGUAUUUUUUUAUAACAAACUGGCAUUAAAUGUGCUAAAACGAGGUAUCUCUAAUUUAGUAGCUACAUAUUAAUAUGGAUAAGCGGAAGUGCUAUCUAUGUCAUUAAUAACUUUUUUUAACAGCUUGAAAAUGCCCAUGAUACAUUAAAAAUAAUAUUGACAACAGAACUUUUGUAUACUCACUUUAACCGCUCGCUUUUCACAUUUUAAUAUUAAGCUUACAGCUAAUUAUCAAAAAGUAGUAAGGCAAGUCACAAGUCACCUCUCACAAGUCAGUUAGUUAUUUAAUUUUUAAAGCAAUAAUGACUGCCAUAACUACUGCCAAUAAAUUAAAUAUUUUAAAUUGUUAAAUAAAUUUCUGACUUGUGUAGUUCUCGUAAAGGUCUGAUCAACUGUCAAAUCCUGUGUUAUUGCUUUAGUUUUUUUUGUUUUUUUCAUAAGGUGCUCCUUCAAGUUUGCUAUGUGCACUGUACACUGUACUAGCAAUAUUAAACUUAGGUCUUAUUAUUACCUAAUGUAAGUUGAGCACAUAACGAAAUUUGCAGGCGCAAUUAGAACAUCUAUCAAGAGAUUAAACCUCAGACAUAAUGCAUUUAAUAACCAAUACUUGAAAUGUUUAGACUCAUCAUUAUGAAAUGUGCCUAUUUACAAUGAGAUAAUCUAGAUACACAUCAUACUCACACAUCAGUUAAUGUAAAUUCAUUCCAUAAAUAUUAUUUGUCACUCUUAUCAAUUGAUGAGUCUACAUAUUUCAAUUCCCGCAACUGGACACCCAAGCCUACAUAGAUUGCUGAUCAAAGUACAAGUUUUGUAAAAUAAGUGAUAAUAUAUUCUUAUGUAACGGUUCUGCCGGACGUCUUGAAUGUUAGAUUAUUGUAACUUUGAAGACUACGUUACUGACGAUGCAUUUCCUGCCAUAUAAUAAAUAUAUUUUAAAACAGACAUUGCCAUCUGUAUAUUGAAUUAUAAAUAGCACUUGUAGUAAUAAACGUAGGCUGAAUGAAACUUAUAAAUUCUGUAUUUAUUUUUGACUCAUUCAGCCAACGAUACUAGCGCCCUCUGUGACUCAGUACAUGAAGUGCCAUGCUCCGAAGUUCCAUAUUGCCCCACAUUUGACUGAAGCACAGUGCUGCCAUUGAUUAAAAUUAAAUAUUAUAGAUGACUUAAUACCAACGCGUUGAGAAAUUAUCCAUUUAAAAUCAUGUUUCACUUGUAAUGCUUGAAUUUUGAAUGGAUAGUUUUUACUUGUAUUUUUAUGCUCUACGGAAAAACUCAGUACAUGAAGAUUUUUCACAUUGUCUCAUUAGGCAAACUGUAAAAUGCGUAUUUCAUUUCUGAACUGGGCAUUUCUGUGUUAAUAAAUCAAUCCAAGACAAAAUAUCGCGCCAGAUUCUUCCUGUUCUGUUGAUUACGACAGAAUAGCAGGUUUUAUAAAAUAUAUGACCACAGACAAUUGA